AUGGCCCUGGGUGAAGAAAAGGCAGAGGUGGAAGCAUCUGCAGACACAAAGACACAGUCCCACAGGAGGUGGAGCUGUGGAGAGCAAGAGGCAGACAUCCCUGGGCCCGUGAGCGGGGAGCAGCCCCCACGCCUCAAAGCUGAGGGAGGGCCUGUCUGCCCUGUGUGGGGGACCGAGCGGCUACCUGCCCCUGCCUGCUGGGCUGGGGCUGACCCAGGCAGCCCCUCUGGAGCUUAUCAGCCACAGGCCAAUGACACCAGAGGAAGGCCAGUAGGUGAUGGGCCUAAGCCUGCGCUUGGUGGCCUGCUUCCUUCUGCCAGCAUGGGGACUGGAGACCUUUUGUACUCUGUGGGAAGCCAGAUGGAGGAGACCAAGCUUUCGGCCUCUGAGGAGCUACCUCAGACUCUUCAUGUCCCCAGAACUACAGUUGUGUGCUCAGGACAUGAUUCUGAUACCGAAGAUGACCCAUCCCCAGUUGAUUCGCCUCGGGUGCUGGACCUCAGCCAGCGGCCCGACAUCUCCGGUUUCCCUUUCCCGUCACGGUGGAAGUCUGCAGUGAGCCCGGGGACCGCUGCUCCUCAGCCUUCCAGCUGUAGCGUCUCUGCCUCCUCCACAGGCAGCAGCCUCCAGGGUCACCAAAAGAAGGCAGAGCCUCAGAGUUGCUCCCUUGCCAAGGUCUCCUCCUCCCUGGAGCUGGUUGUCCCCCAGGCACCCUCCUCUGUGGUGGGGCCAGGACCUCAGCUCCAGUGGUCGCCACUGCCUGUGUCCUCUGGGGGUGAUGCUGCUGGGCUGGGCAGGAGGCGCCUCUCCUUCCAGGCCGAGUACUGGGCCUGUGUGCUGCCAGAUUCCCUGCCUCCUUCUCCCGAUCGCCAUUCCCCUCUUUGGAACCCAAAUAAAGAGUAUGAAGACCUGCUUGACUAUACUUACCCACUGAGGCCUGGACCUCACCUCCCAAAGCACCUGGACAGCCAUGUGCCGGCUGACCCUGUCCUGCAGGACUCAGGUGUGGACCUGGAUAGCUUCUCUGUCUCCCCAGCAAGCACCCUCAAAUCACCCACUAAUGUCUCCCUGAAUUGCCCACCAGCAGAGGCCACUGCCCUUCCCUUUUCUGGGCCCAGAGAGCCAAGCCUUAAGCGGUGGCCUUCUGGAGUGCACCAGAAGCAGGGCAACAUGGGCUUGGCAUCUUGGAGCAAGCUCGCAUCUACCCCCAGAGACCUAGGCAGCAAGAAUGCUCCUCGGGAUAGCAGACAGCCAGCCCUAAGGGGCGUAAAGGACUGGUUACCCAUGGACAAGCGCCUCGAGGUGGGCUCUCCCCAGCUGAGGACAUGGAACAGAGGGUGGCCCUCUCCCAGGCCAGAAAGAGAGAAGGGGGCUGACCAGAGUGUCCGGCACCCUGCCUGCAUGGAGCCUGGAUGGAAAUCAGAGGAGGAGUUGGAGAGUGAGGACGAGUAUCUUGCCCUGCCUACUCGGCUGUCACAGGUUUCUAGUUUAGUUUCGUAUAUAGGUUCCAUUCCCACCUUGGUGACCCUGCGUCCUGGGGCUGCCGAAGGGCAGAGCUCCCUGGAAGUGUCAGAAAGUGACGGGCCGACUUCCCUCCCAUCAGACUCUAGCCAAAGCCAGCUUCCAUCGACAGCCGCCCUGCGAGGGUCUGGGGACCCUGAGGGCCAGAACCACUGUUUCCUGCGCUCCUUGGCCCGUGCUCGGCACUCUGUAGGGGAAGGCGGUCUGGUGAGCAGCCAGGCCCUCGGGGGCUCCUCUGGACUGCUGAAAACACACACCUCCUUGCCAGCUGUGUUGGACCGGUGGCCAUUCUCAGACCCAGAUGCUGAAGGGCAGCUUCCUAGGAAGGGAGGAGAGCAGGGAAAAGAAUCGCUGGUACAGUGUGUGAAGACAUUUUGCUGUCAGCUGGAAGAACUGAUCCACUGGCUGUAUAAUGUCGUAGAUGUUACACACCACGGGAUUCCACCCAGGUCCAAUCUUACAGGUCUCAAGUCUUCUCUGCAGCUUUACCGGCAAUUUAAGAGAGAUAUAGAUGAACAUCAGUCCCUGACGGAGAGUGUCUUACACAAGGGGGAGACUCUUCUUCAGUGCCUGUUGGAUAACACCCCAGGUGAGAUGCUUGAG